ACUUCGGACAAACUUUGAAACUUUGUCCCACAGGAAGAACAUAUUGACAGGGCAAAGAUCGAAAGAGGGGAAAGUGAAAGGUUGGCCAGAAAGAGAAAAUAGGCCCUUUCAACCUCAAUCAGGACUAGCUUCAUCCCCGCUACAGGUAUUUGGGGAAGGGUCUCAAGAUGAUCCGAGACUACCAGGAUCUGACCAUGACUCUUGAGCCCGAAAAUGAGGACGCCCCCCGGAUCAAAGCCCCUCUGAAGCUCCCCAGAAGCCAGACAUGGGUGCGACGUACAUUCCCCAGCCGGCGCCUGGUUCUAAUCCUGCUGCUUUUGAGUGUCAUCCUCACCAUCUCGGUUAUCGUCUUUGGAGUCAAAGGACAUUUUUACAACUCGGAGUUGAAGGAGACGCAGGACAGCGUGAAGAGCCUCAACGAAACGGUUGGGAAGAAGUUCGCCUCCCUUCAGGAUAAAGAGAACGACUCGGACGCAAAACUGAAGGAGAUGGAAGCCAAAGUGAAGCAGUUGACGGAGGAGGCCGACGGGGCCACAACCCACGUCCUCAACCAGCUGAAGGAGCUACGUAAGAAUAACAUCGCUCUCAAUUGUGACUAUCAGGACUUCAAGCUCAACCGGACAGACCGAAAGGAGGCCUGCUGUCCCAAAGGCUGGGACGCAUUUCGGAGAAGCUGCUACUGGGAAAACCAAAGUGGGAAAUCGUGGGAGGAAGCCAAAGCCGAGUGCGAAAGCUACGAUGCUCACCUGGUGAUCAUCAACUCCUACGAGGAGCAGCAAUUCGUGGCGGUCCGUGUCAGGCCAAACUUCAUGUGGAUUGGGCUGACGGACAGGAGCGGCAGCUGGAAGUGGGUGGACGGCUCAUCCUACACAAUAGUCUCAUGGGACUGGUGCCCCGAACAGCCGGACGACUGGUACGGCCACGGACUGGGUGGCGGGGAGGACUGUGCCCACCUUCACGAGAACGGCUGCUGGAACGAUGAGCAUUGCAGUCGGCUCUUCGGCUCCGUCUGCGAGAUGGAGAUGGAUAAUUAAGGGGAACAGGAAGACCCACCCACCCCACCCACAGAUCCCUAAAACGGACAAUCAACAAUCCUGGUUUGGACUGGAUGCUGGCUAGAAUCCUUGGUUUGCGCUCAAGAUGGUCGCUUCCAUCUUGAGACUGGGACUUCCGGUCUUUGGCGGCCUCCAUUGUUCCUCCCUUCCUCGCUCUGUCUCCGACUUUACAGGUAGUCCUCGACUAACAACCAUUCAUUUAGUGACGGUUUGAAGUUACGACACUAAAAGAAAAAGGGACUUCGAACCGUUUUUCCACACUCAGCGACCGUUUUGGCAUCCCCGCGGUCGCGCGAUCAAAAUUCGUAGGCUUAGCAACUAGCGUGUACUUAUGCCUGUUGCAAUGUCCUUUUUUGCGACCUUCUCUGGGAACGUUGGAUUCACUUAACAACCGCGUGACUCGCUGAACAACGGCGGUGAUUCGCUUAGCAACGGAGGCCAGGACAGUCGUACAAUGGGGCAACACUCACUUAACAACUGUCUCGCUUAGCAACCGGAAUGUUGGGCUCAACUGUGCUCGUAAGGUAGUCCUCAACUUAAGACCAGGAUUUCCAUUGUAAGUCAGGACAGUCAUAAAUCAAGGUACGCAUUAUGACCGGAUCCAAUUUUAUGCCUUCUUUUUUUUGAGUGUGGCGGUCAUUAAAUGAGCCACAAUUGUUUUGUGAACGCCAUGAGUAAGGAAAUCAAUGUAUUCCUAUGUGCAUGUUUGGCUGGAAACAGGGAAAAAUAUGUCAUAAAAGUGGGUGGAUCAUAAUUUUUACAAACAAAUAAAUAAAUUGACCGCAGAAUUGGGUCGUAAGUA